AUGGAUUUGUUGAUAAAAUGGUUGGGACCAGAGUCAAAGAGAUUUGCAAGCAGCAUUAGAGGAUCCAACAUCAACGACCCAGUGAAAGGACUCUAUCGUAUAUGGGAACGUUUAGAAGAGCGCUAUGGAAGACCCGAAAUGAUUGAAUCCGCCCUAAAGAACAAACUCAACAAAUUUCCCAAGAUAACUAUGAAGGACCCAAAGAUGCUGUAUGAUUUGCUUGAUAUAUUGACCGAAAUAGAAUCAGCGAAGGAGAAUGAUCAAUAUGCUACACUCCUCUCAUACUAUGACUCAUCUUCUGGCGUCAUUCCUAUUAUCAGCAAGCUUCCCCCAAAUCUUCAAGAAAAAUGGGUAUCUCAAGCAUCAAAGUACAAGAAAUAUUACGAAGUUCCAUUCCCCCCAUUUAAAUUCCUUGUGAGUUUUAUCCGGGAUCUCAGCAUUGUAAAAAAUGACCCAGCUUUUCAUACCGAUAUUUCAUCUACACUAACUACAUCGGAGAAAAGAACUUACGAACCAAAGCGAUCGUUUCCUGUCAACAGUCGAAAAACUGAUCUUGAAGCUGAUGACGGAAACAUACAAGAAACACAGGAACGAACAUCAAGAUGUCCAAUACACAAAGCAAGUCAUUCCUUAAAUCAGUGCAGAACCUUUCGAGCUAAACCUAUACAGGAGAGAAAGGAUUUAUUGCGGGAAUUUCAAUUUUGUUAUAAAUGCUGUGACUCUAAACAUCUGUCAAGAAACUGUACAGCUACCAUAAAGUGUGACGUGUGUGGAAGUUCUCGUCAUGCCACAGCGUUGCAUAUCGACCAAAAGAAGUUUGAACCCAAAGCAUCUUGUGGAUGGGAGAAGACAGAAUCAGGAUCUGGACGUGUUGACGGCGGGGAGAGGUCUGCAAGGAGAACUGACGUUUCAAAUAAAUGUACUGAACUCUGUGGCAAUAACUUUAAUGGUCGAUCAUGUGCAAAAGUUCUACCUGUCAAUGUUUAUCCUUACGGCAAAAGGGAAUGCGCUAUCAAGGUGUACGCAAUCAUCGACGAACAGAGCAACUGUACCCUUGCUAGAUCCGAAUUAUUUGACUUCUUCAACAUCCAAAGUGAAUCAGAAGCAUACACCCUGUUUUCUUGCAGUGGUCAAUCUACAUGCAGUGGAAGAAAAGUCAAUGGAUUAGUUGUUGAAUCUAUAGAUGGAAGUUGUCGUUUCAAUCUUCCUUCAGUUAUCGAGUGUGACGAAAUUCCUGCUAAUCGACAAGAGAUAGCAACCCCAGAGGUAGCAGACACUUACCCUCAUCUACAAGACAUAGCAAUUCAUAUGAUGCCACUUGAUGAAGACGUCAACAUUCUUCUCUUGAUCGGACGUGACCUUGGAGAUGUACAUCAUGUUCUCGAGCAAAGAGUUGGACCUCCAAAUACACCACAUGCACAGAAACUUCAUUUUGGAUGGGUGAUUGUUGGAGAGGUUUGUCUCGGAAGAACUCACAGACCAGAUGUUGUUGUUGCAAACAAAGUCUCAGUUAUGUCUGAUGGAAGGAAUACUUUGGCUACCCCAUGUCCAAACAAUAUCAUUGUCAAGGAGACCCUACCUAAACAAAUACAGUGUGAUGCACUCCUUAAACAUCGAAAAGGAAACGAACCAAUUGGACAGAACAUUUUCCAGACAUCUCCUGACGAUGACAAGCCAGGACUGUCUGUGGAAGAUAAAAAAUUCCUAGCCAUCAUGGACAAGGAGUUCUAUCGUGAUGAAAGUGGCCAGUGGGUUGCCCCAUUACCAUUCCGAGAACCGAGAUACAGACUUCCAGAUAAUAGACAGCAAGCAUUGAAAAGAGCAACGAUACUAGAUAAUAGCCUGAGGAAGAAUCCAAUUAAAUGUGAACACGCACUCACCUUUUUGUAUAUUUGA